AAGCAGGAACCACCCCAAGAGCAGCCACUAACCGGCACCGUCACACUGAAUAAAUUCAGUGGAGAUACUUACCUAAGAGAAUACUUACCUGAGAAAAUACUUACCAAACCACCAGGCAGGGAGGGAGGAAAGGGAGCAAGAAUUCGCAAGAAGGCAAACAUUGAUCCGCUACGAUCAGCAAGAAUCCGCAAUGACUCACAAGAAGGCUACAAAUUAAUGAUCUGCUACGAUCAGCAAGCAAAGCUACAAUGCAAAGCAACACUAACAAAAGGGCACACAAGGAGCCCUGCAAUUCCCCGUGGGCCGCCCCGUAGGUCACAUACUGAAGUGGGAGAAGACCGCUGGCCAACUCGCUCAAGUUUAAAUUUGCCUAAAUGAUAUUUAGCCAUAUUUAAACUCAUCGCUAAUGAUGAGCUUGGGAGCAGGUGCCUUAAAGGUUAGUAGGGGGGCCAAAUGCAAUAAGCAGAGAGGAGGUAUCCAUGGCAACCCUGGAAGCGGAAACCACCCCAAGAAACCCGUUUCCAGGUGCUUGGAGAAUGGAGGGACCCGUCAACAGGGUGACUUGGUACCUCCGAUCACCCAAACAAAUCCCCAAGCACCAAACAACUCCCACAGCUGCGCAAAUUACGAAGGCACUAACCUACAAUUUUGUAGCUGAUCCGCAAGCUGAAAUAGGCGAAAGGUCCUGAACCAGGACAGAUGACUGCCAAGCAAGCUACCCUGGGAAGCAGUGAGGAUUGUGCAGUGACGGGAUUCUGCAUGGAACUGUGGAACAAGCUGAAGCUAGUUUUUGUGAAAAUGCAGCUAGCGAGUCAGCCAGUGUCCUAAUACAAAGCUGAUAAACGUUGUUGGGCCAAUGGCCCAUUGAUUCAGAAUCCCACAGCGAGCAGUGACAGUGGCAGCUCCAAUAAGAAAGCUAUGGGAGGAGGAAUUGCCCAGUAUCUGAGCUGAAGUUAUGAUCUGCCUAGGCCAAUCUGUAAGAAUAGUGCAGGUGAGAGGCUGCCAUUCGGAAACAAAAACAAGGGGCCAGAAGAAUCCCCCCUAGAAGCAAGGAAUGUCGUCAUAGCGUGCACUGCACAGAAAGGAUGCCUGCCAAGACCAAUGUGAAUAAAAAGAGCCUUUCCCGGGACGGGUACUCUACAAGCAGAUGCGAGCAACCCUGAUCCAUGUGGAGAGCUCUAAAGCCUGAUAAAUUAACCUUAAUCAACAACUGCUGGAGAGUCCUGGCCAGAAACAUAACAAUUAGACAAAGCGUACAUUCGUCCAUUAAGCAUGGAGACCUUGAUGGGUGCAAGUUGCCAAGCUGUCAGCAGAAGGAAAUGAAUUUUCGCUUGGGCUGACGCAUAGGAAUGCCGAAUCGAGGGAGCCAGGCCACGAGUACGAAAGAGUAGCACUGCUGUUCUAAAUCAGGGAAGUCGACUCGGUAAGCAGGACGAGAGGACUCCGCAUCGAAGUUGGACAAGGCUGAAUAUUUGGAGCCAGUUGCCUGGAUUCCUGCCAAGAAUCCCCAAUGAUUCACAAGAAGGCAAACAUUGAUCCGCUACGAUCAGCAAGAAUCCGCAAUGAUUCGCAAGAAGGCUACAAAUGAUCCACUACGAUCAGCAAGCAAAGCUACAAUGCAAAGCAACACUAGCAAAAGGGCACACAAGGAGCCCUGCAAUUCCCUGCGGGCCGCCCCGUAG